AUGGGAGAAAGAGCUGAAGACGUACUGAGCACAUUCUCACUUACCGAAGCCGAAUCAAAGGAUUACAAGGUCGUAGUACAGAAAUUCGACGGUCAUUUCGUCAAGAAGAGAAACACGAUUUUCGAAAGAGCAAAGUUCAACCAAAGGGUACAACUUGCCGGCGAAAGCGUGGAUGCAUUCAUCACUGACCUGCAUAGUCUAGCGGAAUAUUGCAACUAUGGAAGCCCCUCAAUCUCAAACGAGAAUUCUGUGGAUAAAAUUGGAAAGAAAAUUUGGAAGCACAGAGACAUCAAGAAACCUUUCAAGACACCAGAGUCAAAAGAGUCCAAGACCAAGUGCGGUAGAUGUGGCAAGACCCCUGCCCAUGCUCGUGCCCAGUGCCCUGCGGCCGAUGCCGAAUGCCAUAAAUGUAAGAAGAAAGGCCAUUUUAAAGCGAUGUGUCGAAGCGAAAAGUCUGUUAGAGAAGUGAGUGAUAACUCAGAACCAUCCCUAGGAACUAUUGACGUCGAAGAACUUACAACCGACUGUUGGAAUGUUGACGUGACACUGGAAGGGAUCCCUGUCAGUUUUAAACUGGACACCGGCGCAGACGUGACUGUAAUUCCAGAGCAAAUCUUCAAGAAAACUGGAUGCAAACGGUCUAACACCAGACUUACUGGUCCUGGUCAACAGAAGCUCAAGGUACAGGGUAUGAUUGAGGCUCACAUAACACACAAGUAUAAGUCAAUCAAGGAAAACAUCUUUGUUGUGAAGGAUCUUAUGCGUCCAUUGCUAGGCAGACCAACGAUUGAGACUUUGAACUUAGUUUCUGUCAUAAAUUCAGUCAAGCUGACACAGGAGGAAAUCUGCAAGAAGUUUUCAAAGUUGUUCAAAGGACUGGGAAAGCUAGAUACAGAGUAUCAUAUUGAGCUCAAGGAUGGAGCAGAGCCAUACGCAGUACACACAGCAAGGAGGGUAGCCCUACCAUUACUGCCCAAAGUGAAACAAGAGCUAAGCGGCUUGAGACGCAGGGUGUAA